AUGGCUGCUCGACCAGCAACUCCUGCCUCGCCUAAGAACGUGAAGGUCAAGGAGCCUGCGCCUGGGUCUCCCCUGUUUGGCUGUGAACAUGUUCAGCGUCUCUUCAACCAGGGACAGGAGAUCAUGAACCACUCCAUCGGCCACUACAAAAUGAUCCUACGGGGCAUCUUUGACAGCACGCCCGUCGUCCCACAAACCUUUACAAACUCACAAGGCCAACCUACCACCUGCUUGACGUCCACCAACCUAUGUCUGCAGUGCCCAACGAACUUGACAGAUGAAGAACGAUUAAAACAUGGCAAUAAGACAUCACAUCGCUUUUAUAUUGACUCUCGCAGUGGCUCGCUGUACUGCCAAGUCUGCGACGAUAUAGUAUGGGACCCUACGCUCGAAGAGCUUCGCGUGCGGAAAAUUGGCACAGGCUCUUUCUCUGGACGCAAGAGGAAACACGACGAGCUAUUCCCCGACGCCAUGAAGGAGGAUCCCCGAUACAUUGCGACGAAUACCACAUUGGCCUCGUGCCGGGCCAACGGCCUGCGCGGGAUCUACAACGCCGGCGCCACCUGCUACCAGAACGUCGUCCUGCAGAGCUUCCUGCAUAAUCCCCUGCUGCGCAACUUCUACCUUAGUGACGGGCACCAGAGCAGCGAAUGCGGCGUGUCCUACUGCCUCAGCUGCGCGAUAGACGACAUGUUCCAGGACUUUUACGCCCUCGAGAACACCAACGGCUACACAGCCGCCAACAUCUUGUCCGGCUUCUGGAUCUCCGAGAACAAGGCUUUUGAGAACCUCGUCACCACCCGCGAGCAGGACGCCCACGAAUUCUUCCAGUUCCUCGCCGAGGAGCUGCACGAGAGGAAUGGGGACGGGAAGAAACCAGAGAGCGGCAGCGAGCACACCUGUAACUGUGUCAUGCACCAGACCUUUUACGGCAAGAUGCAGACGGACACGACCUGCCAGAACUGCUCGGGCACCACGCACGCUGUGCAGUCCUUUCUCGACCUUAGUCUCGGUCUCGAAUCGCUCGUGCAGAAGCGCAAAAAGGCUGUCAAGGAAAAAGGCGGCAAUGCCCCGCCCCUGACCCUCAUCGACUGCCUGGAUGAGGAGUACAUCAAGUCAGACAAGUGCGACUAUCGGUGCCACAAGUGUGACUCGAUACAACAGGCGCGGAGGCUCACGAGCAUCAAGCGCCUGCCCAACGUCCUCUCGAUACAAUUCAAGCGGUUCGAAUACAAGCAGGGGCGACAUGAUCGCGCCGCCUCCAAAAUUGACGACCCAGUCAGCUUCCCCCUCCAGCUCAACAUGCUGCCCUAUACACAUCGCGUGCGCGCCAAGGAAGGCCGCGAGGGCAGGGAGCUGGAGCGAUCCUGCACAUACGACCUGCUGAGCGUCGUGGUCCACGUAGGCGAGAUUGAGACGGGCCAUUAUGUCUCCUACUGCCGUGUUGGCGAUCAGUGGUUUCGCUUCAAUGAUCAUAAUGUGCGGCUGGCUACAGUGUCCGAGGUCCUGGGGGCGAAAGCGUAUCUGCUCUUCUACAUCAUUCGCUCCCUCGCCUAG